UUCACACUUUCAGGUGGGAUGAGGGAACCAUGUUUCAUGAUCUGUCGAGGUGAAGCAUCGAACAUGCGUCACGUGUUUGGCUCCUGUCUUUUAAGACCCAUGUUUCGGAGAUUUGAGGUUGAAAUCUCUUUCCAACCAGCAAGCUAGCUCCCUCUCUCCUGCGUGUUCACUUGUUUCAUCUCUCUCUCUCUAAGAACUCUCCCUUUUUACUCUUUUUUAGAGACGAUAGGCCGUUACAAACUACAAAUUAAGUUCAAGCUAUUCGGUUGUUGAUAUGAUUCCUUUGUUAUUUCUGAUGGGUCUGUCUCCAUCUCUGAAUGUAAUUUAAGAAAAAGGAGCUGUGAGUAUUUAACGAAAUCUCAACCUGGUGAGUUGGACGCCUUUGUCUCGUCUUCUUUGUGUUCUUAUCUAAGCCCAUUCCACAGAAUCUCGCCGGAAAACAAACCUCCUUUUCCGGCCCAAGAGUCUCAAGCUUCCCACCAUCUCCAGGAGUACACAUGGGCGCUUUCAACAAAGCAUCAUCAAUCUUGUUCAUUUUUCUUGCUUCGAUUUUCUCUAUUUGUUCUAGACCCUUAUUUGCAGACAUUAAUGGAGACAUUACCACACCAUUAAACCCACCUCCACCUCCUCCACCCCUUUCGCAGUCAAAUACUAGCAGACCAAAUGAGACACCAUUCAGGACAAGCAUAGCCAUAAUUGUAGCCGUUUUAACCACCAUAUUUUCCGUUACCUUUCUCUUACUUCUCUAUGCCAAACACUGCAAGCGUGGAAAUGGUAACACUAUCAGCGUUGUGGGCUACAACAUUAACGAUCCGAAUGUAAGAGCGGCAAGAAAACACUCAGGGAUCGACCGAGCGGUAAUCGAGUCGCUACCAAUAUUUCGGUUCAGCUCACUUAGAGGGCAAAAGGAGGGACUAGAAUGCGCUGUUUGCUUAACAAGAUUCGAGCCUACAGAAGUUUUAAAAUUACUUCCCAAAUGCAAACAUGCAUUCCAUGUCGAAUGCGUGGAUACUUGGCUUGACGCUCAUUCAACAUGCCCUCUUUGUCGCUACCGAGUGGAUCCAGAGGAUAUUCUGUUGAUUGGAAAUGAUGUUAACAAUAUCAAUUACAACAAUGCAGAACAAGAUCCUGAAUUCUUGGACAUUGAAAGCGGAAAACAAGGAGACGGUUCCACCGCCGCGUCUCCAGGAUUCCGGCGAAUUUCAGGCAGGCAUUCUUCGGCUGGUGAGAGGGUGAGUAGUUGGUUCCAGCACAGGUUAGGAGCUGUUCCCGCUGCGACGUCGUUUAGAAGGUCCAUGGACAGUUCGAGUUCGAGAAAGAGGAAUAUCGAGUCUGCAUCUCUGACCGUUGGAUGUAUUGAUCGCGGCGGCCAUAGAAAGGACGGGCUUCUCUUGACCAUUGAUGAUAAAACAAGAUUAGAGCAUAGGAUAAUCGUCUCAGGUGGGUUCCACCAGAGAUGGAGCGACGUACAGCCGUCAGAUCUACUUUAUCUACGGUCAGAAAUGAUAUUAAGUGACAGCCGUAGAUUGUCGACAUCGUCAGCAUCGGCAUCAGUGAAUCUGCAGUUGGACUUGGUAGGGGAUGGGAGGCAUCGGGAUGGGACUGGUGGCAGUGGCAGAAGUGUAAUAAAUACAAGAAGCGUGUCCGAAAUCACGGGUUUGAACAGGUUUGCGAGACGAAGCAGUAAUAACAUCAAUCAAGAGGGACAGGUAGCUGGGGUUGUUUCGAGAUGGUUGGCUUGGAUUUCUUCUCUCUCACAGCCAGCAGUACGGUCAGAGCGUACUGCCACUUCAGCUUCUUAGCAUUGUUUUGUUCUAUACACGACGGGAUAAUAAUAAUAAUGCAAUUAAUUAUUAGGAGGAGCACGGAAACAAACACUGUAGGAUUUCGCUUUUUUUUUUUUUAAUUAAAAAAAAAAAACUAGUGGAGC